ACACCGGAAGUGCCCAGCGCGUGUGUGACGUGAUAAAAACGUGCAGGUCUCGCGCCGCCCGGUCUCACGGCCUCAGAGCUUCGUGUGGACCGUGCGCGUGGACCUCAUCACUGACCUCAUCACUGUCCGCUCUGACCCCGGGACCCGCGCUCUGCAGCGCACAGGCCAGACUUCGGGAGCCGUCAUGGUGCAGCUGUCCCCCUCCCUCACCCUGGCCCCGCCCCCUGACCCCUGUAACGGCGGCGGCACCCUGCUGGAGUGUCACAUGACCAGUCCGAAGGCGGAGUUACCUGCGGAGCACACGGACACGUACCUCGGAUACGAGAACUACAUCGAGAACGGACUCAUCUGCCUCAAGCACAAAGUCCGCAACCUGGAGAAGAAGAAGAUCAAACUGGACGAGUACAGGCUGCGGCUGCGGAGAGGCGAGCGGCUCAACAAAGACCAGAUGGCGUCGGUGGAGAAGUACGAGGAGGUGCUCCAUCACUUGGCCUUGGCUCAGGAGCUGCACCAGACUCUGGACUCUCUCACACAGAACCUGCUCCGCUCUCAGAAAAAGGCCGUGAAAAAGGAGCAGAUGUUGAGGUCGGAGGUGGAGCGCGGCCGUUUGUCCUCGGUCCUCCAGCUGCAGCAGGUCCUUCAGAGACUGGACCGUGCGCCGGGUCUGGACUCGGGACUAAACCAGGCCCCCAAAGUCCCGGUCCAAACCCUGCAAAGACUGAGCCAGCUGAGACCUCUACUGGGACUGACCCGGGACUACACCCUGAGUCUGGACGAGCAGAUGGACCGGGCCGCCGGACUCUACCUGGACCUGCUGGACGCGAAGGACAAACCUGUGGUCGGCUCCACCUUUAAGGUGUUGAAGGAGGAGCUUGAUGUUCUGUUGAAAAGUCCAUAUUUCCACUCUCUGCCUCCGGAGCCAGAGUCCUGCGGCGCCGACCCCGCUGACCCCGCUGACCCCAGAGACGCACGACCCGCUGACCCCAGAGACCCCAGAGACGCUCGACCCGCUCAGCCCGGAGACUCCAGUGAUGCAAACUCCAAAACCAAUUUAUCCAAGUCCAGCUCCAAACGGUUGGUUCCGGACUCGGUCCUGGUCCAGACCUGGGACUCGGACUUUGGGCCGGACCGAGAGCCUCCGGAUCAGUGGGACUCACCGGCCCAACACGAGGCACCGGACCUGGGGAAGAGCUGGAGAGGAGGAGCCGCCCUGGUGCCCAAGAGCCAGGAGAAGAGAGAGGGGGAGGGCAAACGGAAGAAGGAGAAGAAGCCCCGGAGAGAAGAGCACUCCACAUCAGCGGUGGAUCUCCAGAUGGAGGUGCUGUCUCUGCCCACAGACUCAGAGCUGCGCAGACAGAGGCUGGAGGAGCUGCUGAGCCUCACCCACGGAGCCUUCACCUUCACCUUCAUGCAGGACUCUGUGCUGGACGGUGACUCCUCCCCCUCCAGACCCCCCCACAGACUGAGGAGACGAGCCUCCGGAGGCCCCUCCCCCCUGGCUCAUGGAGACCCCAGGAGCCCCCUGUCAAAGACGCUGCACUCCACUCCUCUUCCUCCUCGGCGCCUGGAGCCUAAAGUCCUGACCUCCUCAGAGCCGAGCCCGGAGCUGCAGCUGCCCGAGCCUCAGAGCCCUGCGCUGGUGUCCGUGAGGCCUCCACCCUCCUCCUCCUCCCCUCAUCACUUCACCACUCCCCCCUCCAGGAGGCCCAUCCCCUCUGCACACUUCAACAUGCACACGGUGUUUAAGGUGAACCCCACACUGCCCUCUACAGACUUCUCCAAAGUGGUGUCGGAGCUCGUCGGCGUGAGCAGCAUCAGCACACAGACCCCCCCGGAGUUCGCCCCCCCAGAGGACGACAUGGUGUAUGACUACAGCACCAGCUUCCUGUCUCCCAGCCAAUCAGGAGGAAGACCCGCCCCCUACCAGCGACCUGCGAGAGGGACUCCACAGUCUCACCUCAGAGACCCUGGACACUUCUACGCUCCCGGGGACGAGCAGAACUACAGAGGAUCUGGACACGACAACAGCGCCGCCUGGAGCGACUCGUCUCUGGGCCACAGUCCGGAGAGAUCGACCUUCGCCCUGGACUCUGGUCAGGGGGAGUCGCUCACAGUGUCCACUCUGCACAGCUCCGGUUCAGACGCCUCGCUCCUGCCCGCCGCCACUGCACCUGUCCUGCCUCACCUGCCCGCCCCCGACUCCGCCCUCUCCGCACCCGUCCUGCCCCUGUACCCUCUGCCCCCUCAGCCUCUGCGCGUCGCCUUCUCCGCCUCUCGCACCGCCAACUUCGCCCCGGGCAACCUGGACCAGCCCAUCGUGUUCGACCAGCUGCACAGUAACCACGGCGACGUCUACGACCCCCACAUCGGGCGCUUCACCUGCCCCGCCCCCGGCACCUACGUCUUCCUGUUCCACAUCCUCAAACUGGCCAUAAACGUGCCGCUCUACGUCAACCUCAUGAGGAACCAGGAGGUGAUGGUGUCCGCCUACGCCAACGACGGCGCGCCCGACCACGAAACCGCCAGCAACCACGCCAUUCUGCCGCUGUACCAGGGCGACCAGGUGUGGCUCCGACUGCACCGCGGCGCCAUCUACGGGAGCACUUGGAAGUACAGCACCUUCUCCGGGUUCCUGCUCUACCCGGACUGAAGGUGGCGCACGUCUUCAGCUUCUGCUCUGUG